AUGAAGCUUUCCUACUCUCUCCUUUUCGCUGCCUUCUCCGCUCUCUCUUUGGCCGCUCCUGUUGAGGAUGCCACUCCUUCUGCCAACACUACCGUUAGUGGUAUGUCUUUCGAGACUGCUGGCGCUAGCUCUGACAGCCUCAACUUGCCUGCUGAGGCUGUUAUUGGUGCUGUUGAUUUUGGUUCUGACAUUACUCCUGUAAUUGUUGAGGACACCGACGGCGUGCCAAACAAGAUGCUCUUCUUGAACUCCACUGUUAUGGAUCAGAUCCAUGGUGGAGAAGCUAUUGGAAACUCCAAGAGAGAAGCUGAUGCCGGAUGGCACUGGUUGUACUUGAGACCAGGACAGCCAAUGUUCAAGCGGGACGCCAACGCGGACGCUGAUGCUGACGCCAGAUGGCAUUGGUUGUAUCUUAGACCUGGCCAACCCAUGUUUAAGAGAGACGCUAAUGCUGACGCCGAUGCCGAUGCCGAUGCUAGAUGGCACUGGUUAUACCUCAGACCUGGUCAACCUAUGUUCAAGCGUGAUGCCAAUGCUGACGCUGAUGCCGAUGCCGAUGCCGAUGCCGAUGCCGAUGCUAGAUGGCACUGGUUGUAUCUUAGACCUGGUCAGCCCAUGUUUAAGAGAGAUGCAAAUGCUGACGCUGACGCUGAUGCUAGAUGGCACUGGUUGUACUUGAGACCUGGUCAACCCAUGUUCUAA